AUGGUUUGCAAAGUUAAGGAUCUGAAAACAAAUAAGGAGACCAUCCGUGACGAUAUCAGCGACCCAGAUUGGCAGCCUUUGGCAAACAAUGUCAGAACAAAACCACCAGAAAAUACCGUCUUCGUCGUCAUCGAUGUCAGGGAUAAGCAAGGUGCGAUUUUUGUGCACGAAUCGGGGACCGAUGAGUACGUGGGCGGGGUAGGAACGGACGAGCAAGGGAAUGUAGUCAUGAUUCCUUGGAAUCAUAACUGGUAUUAUUAUACCAUCGGCGCCCUUCAAAUAGGGCAGAUCAAGAAGGCGGUUUAG